UUCCAGUUGUUUUCACAACCAGUCAGUUACAAAGAGCCCCAGAGCUGCAAGCCCCCGUAGAUAACGCCGGACUGGAUGCAGCAGGUGAUGAGCAACUCACAGCCUUGACGCUCCUUGACGCACCGAGGCUCUCAAAAGAAGCGCGGGAUACCAACAGCAGUGACACACUUUGCUCUUCUCUUAGAGAUCAGGAGGCAAUUCUCAAAGUUCAGAACAAGCAUAUAACGUGGGGGGAAAAUGGUGUCGGCCGGAGUGGAAAUCCUGGGAAUGUCCAUGUGCAUAAUUGGCUCUCUGCUGGUGAUGGUUGCGUGCGGGCUGCCCAUGUGGAAGGUGACGGCGUUCAUCGAGGCCAACAUCGUGGUGGCCCAGACCCUCUGGGACGGCCUGUGGAUGUCGUGCGUGGUGCAGAGCACGGGUCAGAUGCAGUGCAAGGUCCACGACUCCGUCCUCGCCCUCAGCCAAGACCUGCAAGCGGCGCGCGCGCUCACCAUCAUCUCCUCGGUGAUGGGAGUAAUGGCACUGAUGGUGGUCAUCGCAGGGGCGCAGUGCACCAACUGCAUCCGCACCGAGUACGUGAAAACCCGAGUGGUGAACGCCGGAGGGGUCAUCUACAUCAUCAGCGGUCUUUUCGUGCUGAUCCCUCUCUGCUGGAUCGCCAACAACAUCAUCUCGGACUUCUACAACCCGCAGGUGCCUGCCUCGCAGAAGAGGGAGAUGGGAGCGGCGCUGUACAUCGGCUGGGCGGCCACGGCGCUCCUGUUGAUAGGGGGGGUGCUCCUCUGUUGCUCAUGUCCUGCAAACGGGAAUUCGGGAUACUCGGUCAAAUACGCGCCAACCAAACGAGCCACGCAGAACGGAGACUACGACAAACGGAACUACGUGUAGUGGCAGGGCGCGUUCAAAAGCCUUUUUGGAGGAAAAAAAUGAGAGAGAGAGAGAGAGAGAGAGAGAGAGAGAGAGAGAGAGAGAGAGAGAGAGAGCGAGAGAGAGACAGAGAGAGAGAGAGAGAGAGAGAGAGAGAGAGAGAAGGAAAAAGAUAAAAACUUUUUUUUUUUGCUGAAAAUUUUUUUUU